CACAAAUGACAACAGAAGCAACAACAUUACUUCCUGAUUAUGUUUUGAGAGCCGAGUGUAAGGGACAUAUUGAUCAGUGUCGUACGAUUUGUGCUAAUCCACUUGUGGAUGGAGGUAUUGUCACAGGAUCAUUGGAUUGUACAGUGAAAACAUGGGCUCCUAAUCCAAAUUAUAAGGAGGAACAAACUAAUAUCGAAAAUACAAUGUUUGAUGGUGAGGAAUUGAACAAUGCUAGAAAGCAAAGUGAAUAUCAAUGCUCUUUGACAAUGGUUGGACACGAAAAAUUCAUCACAUCUAUUGAUUAUCUUCCUGAUCAUUAUGUAGUUUCCGGAUCACACGACAAAUCACUCAUUGUUUGGAAUGUUGUUGAUGGAACUCCAGUGAAGAGUUAUCCAAAUGCUCAUAGCAAUGCAGUCAGUUGUUUAUCUGUUGACAAAUAUACAAACACUAUAAUUUCAGGUUCUUGGGAUAAAUCUGCAAAGACAUGGCAUUUUGAUAAGGAUGCAGCCAUUUCCGAAUUGAAGGGACAUGAACAAAACGUUUUGUGUGUUCUAGGCUUACAAAAUGGUAUUAUUAUCACUGGUAGUGGCGAUGGAAGUAUUAAAUUCUGGGAAAAUGGAAAGGAAACUCGUGACAUUGCUGCUGCUCAUUCAUCAUGUGUUAGAUCUCUCAAAGAAUUACCAGGUAUUGGAUUUUUAUCAGCAUCAAAUGAUGGUACUGUUAAAACCUGGACUUUACAAGGAGAUUGUAUUGGACAUAUUCAAGCACACAAUACAUUAGUUUAUUCUGUUGAAGUAGCACCAUCAGGAGAAAUCUUGACAGCCAGUGAAGAUAAAACUGUUAAAAUUUGGAGAGGUGAUUCUUUGGUACAAACCAUUGAACACCCAGGAUGUGUCUGGCAGGUUGUUUGUCUUCCAAAUGGUGAUAUUGCUACAGCUUGUUCUGAUUGUGUUGCCAGAGUAUUUACUAAAAAUCCAGAAAAGGUUGCCAAUCCACUAAUUAUUCAAAGCUUUAAUGAUAAUAUUGCAAAUUCAAAGAAAAAGAAGAGUGGAGUUGAUCCAACUAAAUUGACUACAGAAUUAGCCUUGCAAAAUACAAAGGGUACAUCAGAUGGUGAAAUCAAACUUGUCAAUAAUAGUGGUAUUCCAGAAGCUUAUUCUUGGAAUGCUGCUCAACAAAAGUGGGAUAAACUUGGUGAAAUUACAGAUGGACCAGGUGUAGGAGAUGGAUUCUCUCAAAGAACUUUCUACAAUGGUAAAAUGUAUGAUUACGUUUUCGAUGUAGAACUUGAACAUGGAAGUGGAAUGAAGACUUUCAAACUUCCAUAUAAUAAGGGUGAUAACCCAUAUUUUGCUGCUCAACAAUUUAUUUGGGAUAAUAAUCUUGGACAAAACUAUUUGGAACAAAUUGCUCGUUUCGUUAUGGAUAAUGCUGAUGCUCAUGAUACUGUACCAUCAGACUUUGUUGCUGGAGAUCCUUAUACUGGUCACCAAAGAGAAACUUUCGCUGCCAAGCGUCCAGGUACUGAAUCAAACCCAACUACUUCCUCUCCAUUCUCUCAAGAACAAGAUAAAUAUCAAAAGGAAUUAGAAGAAAGAGAAAGACAAAAGAAGGUCAAACAUUUCCCAGCUACCACCAAGGUCUUUGAUCAAGCCAACUAUGAUGGUAUCCUUAAAAAGCUCAAUGAAUUUAAUGAAAAUGUAAAGACAUCUGAUGCAUCUCUUGCUCUCUUACCAACUGAAUGCACUACUUUGACACAAUUAUGUACAAUUCUCAAGGCCGGUCAAGGUGAAAAAGUCACUUUAGCACAUGUUGCUGUUGUUGAAAAAGAUGCUUAACUGGCCAAUUGAAAAAGUUUUCCCAGCUGUAGAUUUAUUCAGAUUAUUGAUUUUAGCCAACCCAGUUGCUAAUCAUUACUCUGAACAAUAUAAGAAUGGCACCAAUAUUUUGAUCAAAUUGGUAACCUUGUGCUUUAACCCAACAACCACAUACGCUGCUUUGAAGAUGCUGGCUUUUAGAGCUUUAGCUAACAUGUUCUAUACACAACAACUUAAAUUCAUUAUUUCCAAGCAUGCCCAGAUCGUCAUUGACAAUGCUGCUAAAUCUGUUGAUACGACCAAUGCCAACAUGAGAGCAGCCUAUUCAUACUUUUUGCUUAAUACUGCUGUCAGUAUUCACACAAACACUCAAUCAGAUGCAUUGAAAGAGAAACUCUUGGCCUUAAUCAUCCAAGGUAUUCCUGAUGAAACAGAUCACAAUAUCCUGUAUGACUUGUUGUGUGCUGCUGGUACAGUUUUGACAGGAGCUAGCGAAUCUAUAAAGGCUAUUGGAAAACAACACAUUCAGACAUUUGCACAAAAAUCAGCCAAUCCAACAGCUAGAGUAGCAGCUGCUGCUUUCCAAGUUGUUUCCCUGUUAAACCAAUAAAUUGUACAUUUACUCAUUA